CUGCUAGUCGCCUCAGUCUGGGUACCAGCCCCCUAUUACUCUGCAGGCGCAUGAAGAAGGGAACUAGCCUGGACAGUGCAGCUUUGUAGAUCUGCUGGCCCUUAGGCAGCGGAGAAAGUCGCAACGAGGAAAGAGCAAAACUGCUUUGGGAUCUUACAGGUCAGUUCUUCACAGCAGACAAUCUGCCUUUCAAUCUGUCUGUCUGCCAGACUGUCAGUUACUGGGAGAGAGCCUUAAGGACAAAAGACAACGGAAAGGAUUUACCAGACUUUGAGAUUCAUCAAAGCAGAGAUAAAGAACCUGGAAGAAACUCAAUUGAGAGCUAACUUCUGCGACCACUCACACUGACCCUGAGCCUUCUACAUUCAGUUAAAGCAAGGUCCUCUGCUGUCCUUCCACAAGGCUGGCAAAGACUUGACAUGGGCAGGGCUCGGGAAGUGGGUUGGGUGGCAGCAGGGCUGAUGAUUGGGGCAGGGGCCUGCUAUUGUGUCUAUAAAUUAACCAUAGGAAGAGAGGAUGAAGAAAAAUUGGAGGAGGAGGAGGAAGAGGAAUGGGAUGAUGAUCAAGAGCUAGAUGAGGAGGAGCCGGAGAUUUGGUUUGAUUUAACCUCUAUGGCUAGACCAUGGAGAGAUGAUGGUGAUUGGAAUGAACCUGGGGCUCCGGGAAGCAUAGAAGACAGGUUGUCAGGUGGGGGCAAGGCUACCAGAGCACACCCAGUGAAACAGCGUCCUUUCCCCUAUGAACAUAAAAGUACAUGGAGUAUUCAAAACUUUUCACAUUUCACUUGUGCUCUAGACCUCACCAAGUGUCGUUCCAUUCAGGAAAAAAUGUUAUUUGCUCAGCACACAGCUGCCAGAUUUUCAUUUAACCACAAUAUCAACACUCAUUUGGCCAGACUCUCCAUGGUCGAAAACACAAUCCCCACUCCCAACUCUGCUCUUAAGAAGAAGGCUCUCCAUGUCCUGAGAAACUUGAAUGUGAGUUCUAAAAAUCAGUCCCAGAUUAAGUUGUACCUCAAUGAAGUGUGUCCGAAAAUUGUGUCACACUGCUGCAACUUACUUCUGCAGCAGGCUGGAUUAAAUUUGCUAAUAAGCAUGACGGUUAUUAAUAACAUGCUUGCCAAAUCCUUUUCAGACUUGAAGAUUCCUUUGAUAACAAAGCAAAGUGGACGUGCUGAGAUUCAGGCUUUGCAACCACUGAUGGGUCUCUCUCCAAAACCAGUCGUGGCAGGAGACUUUCUAGGUGCUCAAAUGCUACUCUCAUGCAAGUAGUACCUCUUUGUCAGGACCAGAAACACAGGACUCCUCCCAGACACCUUGGUCUCUUAGAAUGGGCCUGAAUCCACUUGAACCCUCUUAGGUGAACAUGCACUUGUAUUCUCAUUCGGGAACUUUGUGGUAGGUGUGGCUGAAAACCAGCAUCAGCCAAUCACGAAGAAGUGAAAGUUAAGGUAGCUGAAUCCAGGAGGGCACUCUGAUUGACCAUGUAGGGACUCCCAUAUAGCUUUGUGUGGCUUCUUACUUUGGCAGUCCGUAGGCAAAGCACAUUGUAAAUUAUUCCCUUGCAGCUUUCUUCCUGUGGGAAAGGGAUCAUUUCAGCUGGCGGCCGUGGAUAAAGACCAACAUAUUAGAGUGUCAUGGGGGCAUGAUUUGCCGGUGGUGGUUUCCCUGUCUAGGGAUUAUGGGACCAGACCCAUCCCAGAGCUUGUGCAGAAAAUGCAACUGUUGUUGAUUGGGUCAAAUUCCUCAUUGACUCUUCCAUGUGAGCUGAUGGAAGGUGAAUCUGUUCAUCCAUACAUAGCCUUAUCCUCCCCUUUCCUGUCUUGUUCUGAUCUCACCUCACCUACCUGAGCCGAUUUUUUGUGUAUAUCAUCAAUAAAGUUGUGUGCUUUGAUUGGGAAAA